AUGAAUGAUAUAACAGAUCAAUGCGAGUAUAAAAAAGAUCAAAGCGAUAUUUCGAAAGAAUUAUGUGCCUGGAUCGAAAGUAUUCCUUUUACGAAACCUAAGAAGAAUAUAUCUCCUUUGUCGUUAUACAGAGAUUUAUCGGAUGGCGUCUUGUUAGCUGAAAUUCUCAAGUAUUAUUAUCCCCGUUACGUUGAUCUUCAUAAUUACAUACCUGCAAAUAAUUUUUUCUUGAAGAAAGAUAAUUGGAAUACAUUAAAUCGUAAAGUGUUAACGAAGAUCGAUAUGAAAUUGAAUAAAAAUAUUAUAAGUUUACUCGCUAAUUGUCAUCAAGGAACAAUAGAGAAGCUCCUUUUUGAGAUCAAAAACAAAAUCGAAAGAAUCAAUCAUCAGGAUGUUUUGUCGUUAAACGAAACGCAAAAUGAUGAGCUAGUUAACAAUGAUAACGUUAAAUUAUCGGAAAAUCUGAAUAAUCGGGAUUCUAUUGAAAUGUUAACAUCUAAGAAAGCGAACAUUAAAGAAUUUUCUGUUUCUCGUCAGUUAAAGAUAAAUUGUAUAAAGGGAGCGAUAUUUAACGCUACAAAAUGGUUGUUUAGUUGGUUCUGCUUUUGGAAUUUCUUCUUGAGUUAUGAAGAUAUAAAAAUCGAAGUUGAUCAGAAAGACGAAGACGUACCACAUCAAAUUUGUAUUCAAUUGAAGCAAGAAUUACGUGAGAAAGAUAAUCUAAUAUGUACUUUGAAUCAUAAAAUCGCUUAUCUGGAAGGAGCAAUGAAGUUGAAAGAUCUACGCAUAUCUGGUCUAACAUCACAAAUAGUACAAAAUGCCGUGGAAAUGGAUAACUUUGGUAAAUGUCAAGGAAAUGAGGAUCAAUCGAAAACACGUAUACGUUUUUUCUCUAAUAAUCACAAACAUAGCGAAAAUGAAAUCAACAUGAUGCUAUAA